CUAAAAAGAGGGAAUAAGUUUUUUCAUCUUAGAAAUUAUCAUAUUAUUAAAAGCCAAAUGCAAUUAUUAUUAUGUGAAGUUAUCAAAUAUGAUUUUUUUUCUGUUUCAAAUUUUGCCAUAUGUUUUGUUCAACAAAUUAGCAUAAAAUAGUUGGUUAUUUUUUCAUCUGCAUAUGUAUAUUCAUAUGCAUUUUCAUAAGUGUGAAUAAUUGUUGUGUGAAGUUUUUUCUAUGAACUUUUAUCACAGAACCAUUUGUGUUGUUAUGUCAAAAGAAUUCUUUUGGUAAUACAAAAACUUAGUUAAGUAUGUUUUCUUAAUUUUGUUAUAGUGCAUUUCUUCAAGAAAUAACUAUGGCUUUGACUAAAGUCCUGGGUGUCAGCUCCCCUAUUAAUAUAGACAUGCCUACUGCAAAAGACAUCCAAAAAACAAAAGAAUUAGAGGAAGUACUGAAAGAGUAUGAUCUUUUUGAAUCACAUGAAGAAUUUGCUUGCAGAUUGGAAGUUUUAAGUAAGUUGAACAACUUAGUGAGACAAUGGAUUCAAGCCACAUGUUUACAAAAGAAUAUACCUAGAGAUGUAGCUGAAACAGCCAAUGGGAAGCUAUACGCAUUUGGUUCGUACAGGUUAGGUGUUCAUACCAAAGGUGCUGACAUGGACACACUUUGUGUUGCACCAAGCCAAAUUGAUCGAGCAGAUUUUUUUACAUCUUUUGUUGAUUUAUUGAAAGAACAGUGUGAAGUAAAAGGCCUACGGACUAUAGAAGAUGCAUUUGUUCCUGUCAUUAAACUGAAUUUUAAUGGAAUUGAGCUUGACAUGGUGUUUGCACGUUUGGCUGUGGAAAGUGUAGCAGAAGACCAGGAUCUUAGCAAUGUAAAUAUUUUGAAACAUCUAGACCUUAAAUGUGUGAGGAGUUUAAAUGGUUAUCGUGUAACUGAUGAGAUUUAUCGUCUAAGGCCCAACCCGGAAAGUUUUAAACUAACACUAGUUUGCAUAAAAUUUUGGGCGAAAAAGAAUGGAUUAUAUUCUAAUGUUUUGGGUUACUUAGGAGGAGUAUCUUGGGCAAUAUUGGUUGCCAGAAUAUGCCAGUUGUACCCAAAUGCCACUGCUGCUACUUUAGUUUACAAGUUCUUUUUCGUGUAUUCCAUGUGGAAAUGGCCAUGUCCUGUACUCCUGAAGCAGCCAGACAUAAACAAACUUGGUUUCAAUGUGUGGGAUCCUAGAAUAAAUGUGGGUGACAGAUAUCAUCUGAUGCCUAUUAUUACUCCAGCAUAUCCUCAUCAGAACUCCGCUUUCAACGUAACAUUUUCAACGCGAACUAUCUUGGAGAAUAGUUUCAAGCAUGGUUCAUCUGUUGCCAAGAAUAUAAUAUCUGGAAAUUGUAAAUGGGAUGAGUUAUUUAAAUCUAGAGAUUUCUUUUCAGAUUAUAAGCAGUUUAUAAUGGUAACAGCCUCUGCCUGCACCAAAGAAGACUAUUUGAUAUGGAGUGGAUUAGUAGAGUCAAAGAUAAGAAUUUUGAUAUCUCAGGUAGAGAGACAACCAUAUGUAAAUUUUGUUCAUGUGAGUCCAGAAACAUUUACGAAUUUCAAAGCGGAACCAAGCAGUUACUCAUCUGCCUGGUUCAUGGGCUUGCAGUUCUCCCAAACCGAGAAAAUAAAAUUAAAUCUGACACCUGAAGUUCAGGUUUUCACCAAUACAAUUAUGGUAAAAGCUUUGAAGAACAAGUUAUUUAAAAGAGGAAUGAAAGUAGAAGUGAAACAUAUAUGCAAUUGGAUGAUUCUUCUUAUUCUCCCUUCAUGGUUCAACAACAGUGAGCAGCUAGUCUAAAGAAUAUGAACUUCAUUGUGAAUAAUAAUGAGCAUACUGUGGAUGCUUAUUUAAAAAAAAAUAGUUUUCACAAGAUUAACAGCGAAUUUAAAAUUCCAUAUUAUAAAUUUGUAUAAUUGUUUCAUACUGUAAUUUUUAGCAGAGUAUUAAAGUAUUUUAGAACUUCA